AUUAUUAAAUUAUUUAGUAAGGAAUCCUUUUGUUUUAAACGUUUAAUUUAUUAAAGUAGAAGGAAUUUAGGAAGAAUGGAAGAGAAGCUUAGACUGUUUAUAGCUGAUCACCCAUUCUUCAAAGACAUUUCUUAAUCAGAGCGUCUGAUCAGUGAAAUAGUAAAAAACUCGAAAAUAAAGAAAAUGGAAUAAUACAGGAUAUUGAUCAAUCAUAACGAACCUUUGUAUUACAUCUAUUUUAUACUGAGUGGCUAGAUAUCUAUUUUCGUUAAAAAAUAAAAGGUGGAGUUGGAUUAUGAGAAAUAAUUGAGAGUACAUUUCGAAGAAACUAAAAAUAAAUACGAUUAUGCGUAACAAUUUGAGAGUGAAAAUAAAGUUUUACUAAAAAAGGCUGAGAUUAAGCUGAAGAACGCAUUUAAAUUAGUAGAUAGAAAUGAAAAAUAAUAUAAUGAUCCUAUUUAUGUUCGGUCAUUUCCUAAUUUCGAAGAGGAAUACUUAACGAAUAUUAAUAUAUUUCCUUUAAAGAGAGUUUUAACUCUAAAUACAGGGUAGAUGGUAGGGGAAAUUCAAACUGAAAAUGGUUUGGUUAGUGCUUAGGAACAUAUUAGCAAUAUAACUGCUGUAUCUUAAACUAAAGUGGUUGUAGCUUAAAUACCUAUUGAUUAUAUUAAUACUUUAGCACUCCCAAAUAAGUUUAAUAUUAUUUCAUCUGCCUUUUAAAAUAAUUUUGGGAAUAUUUUUCAGAAUGAUUUACGUUUAAUUUGCCAAUUUUUUGAGAAGCAUAUUUUUAAAAAAGGCAAAUUAGUCUUUACAAGCAAAGAAAACACUGAAAAAAUUUAUGUUGUUGGUGGAGGAGAAGUUGAGCUAUGUAUGCAAAGUGGAAAUUAAUUUAAAAGACUUACUCUUUUAUUGUAAAAUGAUAUGUUCGGUUAUGAGAAUUUCAUUUAUGAAAGAAGCUAUCAGGCAGUUAGUUGCUCAGAUGAUACUUUCCUUUAUUCGAUUGAAAAAUAACUCUUUUUCGAGCUGAUUGAGAACAAAGUUUUCUUUUCUCAAAUUAGUGCUAAAGGAGAUGAAAAAAUAAAUAGACUGUUUUAUGUUCUUAUGUCAAAGUCUUACUAAAAAGAAGACAUUAUUAGUAAAAUUGAAAAAAAUUAAGAAGUUGAAAAAGAUAAAAAGCUUAGUCUUACUUCAACAGACCCUGCUAAAUUGAAAUUAUCCAUUUAACUUAAUUCAGGCAAAAAAAAAUAUUAAAACCUUUAAGUGAGCAAGUUUGAAUUUUAAGAAGGAAAUUUUUCAAACGAUGUUAAUAAAUAAAUAAUAAUUUAAGGAUAAGUAAAUACUUAGCCUGUUUAAGAAAAGAAAGCAUUUUAAAUUUAGAGUGAUAAAAAAGAAAGCAGAAGCCCAGUGAGGUUAAAUAAUUCUAAAAGCCCUUAAAGAUUAAAAUAAGACUAAAAUGAUAUUUAUUUAGAGAGUGAAAUUAGUGAUUAAAUUGCUAAUGAUCAAUAAACAAUUAAUUCAGAUAAUUAGCCUUCUAGAGUAGUUUCAAACGGAGAUAAAUAUAAGAAAUAUAAAUUCGGAUUUGGAAUUCAAAAAAAAAAAGAAAACUUAACAUUGCCUUCUAUUUCUUGCAAUCAGCAUUCAGUAGAAGACAAAAAAAGAAGAGAUCCCACACCUAAUACUAUUGCUUUAGAAGAAAAUGCUAAAUUUUCCAAUGAAAAAAUAAAAGAAGCAUAAAUGGCCUUAGAUGAAAUAUUACUUUUAAAUUAGAAAGGCAGUCUAUCAGUAACCUCUUUUGAAAGUAAAGAUACAUAAUUAAUCAUAUAAAAAGCACUUGAAACUCAUAAAAAAAUAUCAAAUGAAUUCGUUAAACCUGUUGCUAACUCACUAAAAAAUAACUCAAGCUUCUUAUAAGAUCUCAGUCAGCAAGAAAAUUUCAAAGAAAUACAGGAAAAAGUAAAGUAAGCUAUGCUAAGAAAGAAAAAAUCCCCAUCACCCUAGAGGGUUAAAAACAAAGACUCAAUAAAUUACAUCAUCCAGAGCAGACUGAGAAAGAUAAAAUAAAGACAUCACUCAAUAGAAAACGUAAAUUCUAAUAAACUAAUUUUAACGAACAGCAAAACAAAAUAAUCUGUUUUACCCCUUGAUAUUUAGUUUUAAAUGGAAAGAAGUAAAUAUUAGGAAUAGCCUGCUCCUGUUGAAGACUCUAGCAAUAGAAGAGCUAAGACGGAGAUAUCUUUGAAUAUAACUGAGCAAAUGAGAGCAAUUACUCCUCUCCUGACUAAUAAAUAUACUGAAUAGAAUUUAUUAGAUUUAGAAAUUAAUUUUUAGAAUGAAACAUUAAAAAAUAUGCAAUAAAAAUAGAUUAAAGAUUAAAAGAUAUAAAAUACAUAACUUUAAUCAGAUAAUCUUAGUUAAGAUAUUGAAUAAAAUUAAUAUGAUUCUUAGUUAGGUUCUUACAAUCUUAUUAAAAUGGGUAAAAAAAGAAAUUAAUUAAAAUAUUUAACAAGCAAAAAAUAAGAUAGUGACUUGCUUAGAUAAUCUUCUGAACUGAGAAAUAUAGACUAAUGUGGAAUAUCUUUACUUUCUAAAUCAUAGACAAAUGAAUAAAAGUAACUUAAAACUGAGUAAAAUAUUCCUAGGGAGAAACAAAAAGAAGUUCAAAAUAACAAUUAAGCUAACAUGAAUCUAUCUCAUUAAAAAUAAAUGCAAAAUCAGUAAAUUUUUAUAAUUAAUGGUGAAUCAAAGUUAAUAAAAGAUAAAAUGAGUACUUAGCCUAUCUCUGUUUACAAUAAUAAAAAAAUUCAUCAAACACUAGAGUUUCAUCGGAGUGCUAAUACUAAAGGAUAGACCAUUUAAACACUAGAGACCAAAAAAUACUCAGAAACAUUAACACCAAAUCCACCUUCAACUUAUUGUAAUACGAUAGACUAAUUAAUUCUUUUUGAGUAGAGAAGCACUUCUUAAGUUUUAAAUCACCAGACCACUAUGCCAUUAAUGGAUAAAAUGAAUUACCCUAAUAAUUAACUGUCUUCUAACUAGAAAAAUAGAUCACUCACUAUUGAAGAAGCAGAAAAUAAAUCUCGAAAUAGAUUGAAUGUGACUGAAGUAUUGGAUAUUAAAUCUAAUCAUAGCUUUCUAAGUAAAAGAGUGAAAACAAGCGUUAGUCCUUCAAAUAAUUUUACCAAAGAAAAUAUGAAAACUGAACAGUCUUUAUUAGAUUAAUCUUCAAUAAUAUACGAAGAUCAUCCAGUUAUUCACUAAACUAAAAAAAAAUUAAGCAAAUUACCUGAAAUUCUCAAACACAAAGCUUACAUCUAAAAGAAGCUGAAAAGGCAGUAUAUAAGAUCGAAUGAAGUGCAGCACAGGUUUUAGGUUGCAGAUUUUAAUAAACAUUUAUAAAUUUAUUAAGACAAUUACAACUAAGAAGAAAGAGUUAUGAGAUAAAAAUCUGCUAACUUGAGGAAGAUAGAAAAAACAAGGAAUAAUAGCUUGAGCAUGGCAUAAUCAAACACUGAAAAAAAUAUAUUUUCAUUAAGCUAACCUCCAUAAGAGAGGAGCUAAAUAAACUAAUAAAAUAAUUAAUAAGUAAAAUAAAUAAAAGUAAAUCCUGGUUAAAUUGAAAUAAAAAUGGUAACAAUAGAUCAUUAAUAGGAUUAAGAGAGGCAGAAUGCUCAAUUUAAGUAGUAUUCAGAGAGAAAAUAAUCAUUUAAUAAAUUAAGAAAUAAGAGCAAAAAUAACUUAGUAAGUUUUAAUACUAUUAAUGACUAAGAAUUUAAUGAAUAGCUCUAUAACACUUUAUAUAUAAAAAAAAUAAUCUGCAAUUCUCCAAAGAGUAAAAACUCAUAAGACUCUUAGAUGAAUUCUAAAUAAGCAUAAUAAACUUAAAAAACUAUUUUCCAAACCCCAAAGAAAAGCUAAUAAUAAAGCUAAAGAGAAAUAGAAACAAACGCUUUAAACAAUAUCUCAAGUAAUUCUAAUAUUUAAGCAGAGAGUAACAAAGACACACUAAUUUCUCCUAACUAAAUGAAUAAGAGCUAAUCAUAAUGCAGUUUUGCUUAUGGGUCUCCAAUCAAGCAUAGUGCUUCUUAACCAAAUUAAGAUUAGAAUAAACUAAUUAUUUUAAAUAAAAAUAAUAAUCUUGCUGCUACUAGUUUUUAUACAUAAUCUAAAUCUUCUAUUGGUGAAAAUUCUUCAAUUUAAAACAAUGAAAAAAUAAAUUCAUUUAAUCAAGUAAAGCAUCAAGAAAUAAAUCAAACAACUGAAAACAAUCAAUUAAGACAGUCCUCAAUAAAAUUUGGCUACAAUUAAAAAACAAAAUAAUCAAGCGAAUAAGAAACAAAAGACUUUUCUCAUUUAAAUACUUUAAAAUAGUUAGAAAUGCAGAGGUUAACUGAAACUCAUUUUUCUUUUUAAGAUUGA